UCUCUAACACACAUAGGUGCUUUUAAAACUUUAGAUCAACCUUUGCCUUUGACUUCCACCUCAUCUGUCCACAGAUCACCGAUCAGUACUUCCCUGCAGUCAACCUGAUGAUCGCCAUCGGCACGAUCAUCAUGGUUCUCGGCUUCCUGGGCUGCUGUGGAGCCUACAGAGAGAGCCGCUGCAUGUUGCUGCUGUUCUUCAUCUUCCUUCUCAUCAUCUUCAUCCUCCUGGUGGCAGCAGGCAUCGCAGGAGCUGUGAGCCAGAAUAAGAUGGAAGACUGGGUGAACAAGCAGUUGGAAGCUAUGUUGCCACUUGCAAACCAACCUGACACGGUGAAAAGUGACCUGAAGAAUCUGCAGAAAGAUCUCAAGUGUUGUGGUGUUGUGAAAGGAAAGACAGACUGGUCCCCAGAUCCAUUCCCAGAAUCCUGUCGCUGCAACGUCACCCAGAGUCCCACCCCUGUCCCCGGUGCUGAGUGUGGCUCAGAAGGUUACUACAGCACGCCCUGCUCCACCCGAAUCGUCAACCUGAUGAAGGACAAUAUGGUGAUAGUGCUGGGAAUUGCCUUCGGCAUCGCCGUCCUGUUGAUUUUCGGCUUGGCUUUCUCCAUGGCUCUCUACUGUCAGAUCAGCAAGAAGGAUGGACCUACCACCAACGCCUGAGGCACCACCAUCUCUGCCCAAAUGUAACCGCAAUAUAUCCUCUGUACUAAUCUAACUCAUCCUGUGCUUUCACUGUGAAGAAGCACACUGAGAUUAAAGCCUCUUAUACACUA